AUGGCAGAGAAGACUGUCCAUCUGGGCCCUGCCAGUCAGCAUUCUCUCCCUGACGGGACCUGCAACAUGCCAUCUCUGCCUGACCGGAUGGGAUGGGUUGAUCUGACGGGGGUAAGACAGUCCCUCAGGAAUCCAUAUUUUUGGAGAGCUGUAUUUGGCUUGCAUCAUCUCUAUCAUCAUGGGUAUUACACUAUAAAGAGUGAUAUCAAAGCAAUUAUAAUCCAUGCUCGUUUCAGGAGUGAUACUUAUGAAAAUGAUGUUGCAUUGUUUAAAUUACAAAAUCCUGUCACAUAUAAUGAUUAUAUCCAGCCCGUCUGCUUACCUCACAGUCUUCUUUUUCUAAGUAAUGAUACUCCAUGUUAUAUAACAGGAUGGGGAAGUACAAAAGAGGAAGGUCACAGCAAAUAUAUAUUACAAGAAGCACAGGUUGUUGUUAUUCCACAAUAUAUCUGUAACAGAUACGAUUGGUAUGCUGGAGCAAUAACAUGGAAUAUGCUUUGUGCUGGCUCUGAAAGUGGAGAUGUGGAUAGUUGUCAGGGUGACAGUGGUGGACCAUUGAUGUGCUAUUUCCAAGAGUUCACAAAGUAUUAUCUGGUAGGAAUAACCAGCUUUGGUGUUGGCUGUGGCCGACCAAAACUUCCAGGAAUCUAUGUACGUCUAAUUAAUUACAGAAAUUGGGCACAAACUCUUUCUCUAAGUAGCAGAACUACUACUGUGAACAUUCAUAAUGUUCUAAUCUUGUUGAUAAUAAGAUGGAUAACAUUCCAUAUUUCUCUAUGA